UCACCAGUGAGCUCAGGCCGAGUCCCCGUCCAGUCUUAUAAGUAUGGAGCCCUCGCCCCGGAUCUCGUAUUGCAUCUUGAACGCGCACCGUCACCAUGUACAACCCGUACGGCUACGACUCAUACUACUCGAACCCCUACCAGAACCCCUAUCAGCAGCGCGCCCGCGCCGCUGCCCUUGCACGCGAACGUGAGCGAGCACUUGAGGAGCAGCGGCAGCGCGAGGCUAUGCGCAACAAGUACUUCCCCGACGGCUACUACGACGGCAACGACGACGACUACGCCUAUAACUGGGGUCGCCACCCAUACGGGUACGUCGACCCUCGCGAGCAGGCCUACCUCGAGGCGCAGCGUCUUCGAGAGCUUGAGGAGCGUCGGCUGCGCGAACUCGAGCUCCAGCGGCAGAGGGAGGAGGAGGAGCUCAGGCUUCGGGCGCUCGCCGAGCAACGUCGGCGCGAGUACGAGGCUGCGCUUCGCCAACGCGCGCUCGAGCAGGAGAAGCAGCGCUUGGCGGAGGAGGAGCGCUUGAGAGCAUAUGGGCGUGAGCAGAGUAGACAAAGGCGCAUGUCGCAUCAGCCCCAAGCGCCGCGCCGCAUCCCCGUCGUCUCCCCGCGAUCGUCACCUGCACCCCAACCCCAGCAACGCCAACCCUCGCCGAAGCGGGCUUCCCCUCCGCCCCCGCCCAAGCCACAAUUCACCGAGGAAGAGGAGGAGGCUGCCACCAAGAUUCAGACCUUCUUCCGCAUCCAGCGCGCCCUUCGUUCUGUGCGAGCGCUUCAUGCCAAGUUUGUCGCCCUCAAGGACACAUUCCGUUGGCCGUCGAAGGUCGACUUCGUCGCUCGUGCGCAUGACGAGGAGGUCGUGUCUCUACUGCUUCCUCCCGAUCUUCUCGCAUCCCUCCCACCCGCGGACGACCUCGACAGUGAGGCCAAGCUCGCGUACACACCCAACAACGUGCCUUUACACGGAUACACGGAGAGCCUGAACCGCCUGCUCGUCGAGCUCGAUGGCGUCGACAGCUUCGGGCGCCGCGAAGUGCGCGAGCGGCGGAAGGAGGUCGUGCGCGAGGUCGAGAAGGAGUGCGCGGCGGUCGAAAACACGUGGAAGGGGUUGUGGAAGGCGCACCUGGAGGGCAAGGUGCAGCCACUGGAGGAGGAGGAGAAGAAGCAGGACACCGCCGCCGCGCCAAACACGCAAGAGGGUAACGCGCCCGUCGCUGAAGCCAUCGCACAAGCCGCGUCUGAUGCCCCGCAGGACCAGCCAACGCCCAGCUCCGCCGCGGACGAGGAGGACACCAUCAUCGCCGAGGACGCGGACACGGACGCGGGCGUGAAGGCCGAGGAGGUCGUGCAGGGGAAGGCGGUCACCGACGAGGUGGCGAAGGUGAUCCAGGAGUCGGUGAAGGCGCAGGAGGAGCCAAUUGUCGAGGAGCCGCCGGAGGACGAGGGCGCGGACACGCGCAGCGUCAUGAUGGCAGACCCGGACGCGGAGACGAAGAGCAUCGUCAUGGCGGACGCGGAGGCAGAGGCAGAGGAGGGGUGGGAGAAUGUUGAGGGGGCGGAUACUGACGCGUGGGGUAUUGAAGCGCCAGCGCCAGCAGAUGCGCCUUCGAAGGACGAGGAGAAAGCAUCGGAGGAGGUUACUGACCCCACGGAAUCUACACAAGCACCUGUUCCCGCUUCUUCUAUCUUUCCCCAGGCUCGCGAGGUGGAGAUGGCGCGCGCGCCAAUUUCUGUUUAGCACUUUCUUAGGGCUUGCAUGUCUCGUUCUGCUGUACUUCGCAUCGCGUGGACACUUCUUAUCAUUGCAUUCUGUACUAUAGUGGUAAUAAACCGACACGCAUAACACAUGUAUCUUUUGAACCUUGUCCUGUGCCCUGC